AACGAGGAGCCGCUGUACGUCAACGCCAAGCAGUACCACCGCAUAUUGAAGCGGCGUAUGGCCCGCGCUCGCCUAGAGGAGCUGAAUCGCCUAGUGCGCUCGCGCAAGCCCUACUUGCACGAAUCUCGUCACCGCCACGCCUGCUCGCGCCCGCGUGGCAAGGGUGGACGUUUCCUCACUGCCGACGAAAUCGAGCAGCUCAAGCGGGAAGAAGCAGCCAAGCAGGACGGCUCUGCGAGCGCCGACGGCGACGCGCCGAGCGGAAGCGUGUCGGGCGAGGGAGAAGGCAGCGGCGUCUCGGACGGUUCGCCCGCCCAGCCAUGA